AUGCCCUCCUCCUCGCCCAGUUCUGUACCUGGCAGCCCAGAUCGCAUACAGUGGAGGACUCAAGACUGCCGCCCAGCCCUCUUCUACUCUAACGAGGGAUUACACGACCUCGUCUGCGGUCACCAGGUCAAGAGCACCGACUCCGAAUGCCGCCAAAACUGCCUCCAUCCAACAGCGCGUGAAAAACAGCGCCCACCAUUCUACUGCCUUUCCUGCAUCGAAAGUAUCGUCCGUAGCCAUCUUGACGGAGUCGUCAAGGAGUUCAAAGCCCAGCAGGCGCAAGCCGGUAAAGACGUGUCUAAGCUUAACCCCGGGUUUGUGAGUAUGCUGAUCAACACGGAGAUCAAACACGCGACUUCAUAUGUGCUGCAGAAUACGGAUAUGGGGGCUUGUGAGGUUGUUGGUGAGCAUGGUCGUGGAUGGCAGGGUUCUGCACGGCGUGGUAGAUCGCUUGGUAGGAGAGCUGGACGGGGGCUGGCUAGGGAUCGGUCUAUGAGCCUAUUUGCUGAGUCUGACUCAGGAGAGGAGGAGGGGGAGACGAGAGGGCGGCGAGGAUAUCGGCGUCAACGCUCUCCGCAUAGGCUCACAGGAGAGUCUGCUCGGCUCAGCCAGAAUGGCAGGGAAGUCGAGGUAGAGAUAGACGACCUGGCAGAGCAACUCGGAAAUUCGCUCGGGUUUCGAGAAAGCGCACUAAUCGAUGCGCUUGUUGGUCGUUUGGAGGCUGUCAGGAUCGAAGAUGCUGAGUAG